GCGCGUGUCAGGGCAGAAGAAGAAGAGGAGGAACGACGGCCAAGCCUCGCUCAAGCGACGAGUGCGCCAGCGCAAGGUUCGUCGUCGCCGUGAGAACGUUCGCCCACACCAGCAGACUGUAAGAUGCCGGGCGAUGAAGACGAUAGCAAGGACGAGGACGAGAAGAGCGACGAGAAGGCCGACGACGAGAAGAAGGACGAGGAUCACAAGGAGGACGAGGAGGAAGAGGACGACGACGCGGGCGCGGACAAGGACGGCGCCCUGGGGAAGAAGAAGAAGCCGCCGGACUCCAUGAUGGUGCAGAGGAAGUCCGUCAGCCGAUCCGGAGCGGCAGGCAUCGCGGCCCAGCAGAUCGCCGAAGGCGCGGACCAGAUGCAAAUGGCGAUGACCGUCGUGGGCCUCGUGAUCUUCGUUCUUAUCAUCAUCGGCGUCGGCGGUUUCGUUCUCUGGAAGGUCUUCUUUUCCUCGAGCGACGCCGUGGAUCUGCCGCCGAUUGAGGACGCGACAACGGAAAAUAUCAGCGGAGGAGUUCCAUUCCACGAAAUGCCGGGAGGGGACUUCUGGGAUGACAGCUCCGGAAAGCCGCCAGUCUCCAUCGUGUUCGCAGAAGACACCGAAAGCGUCGAAGAAAAUGUCCAAGGUGAACCCAGGAACAUAAGCGGCUUAGACGAUCCGUCAGCAGUCGCGCUGGACUACGUGUAAUGGUACAGUCGCCGGCGACGUUGAUGCCGACAAUUGUGGAGCCCGCGCAGCGUUCGGCGUCGCCUUCGCCAAUGCGUUCUCUCUCUUU